CCAUUGAAGAAAGGAAAUUAUGGCUCAAGUUGUUACUUUGCUGAGAAAUUUAACUAAAGCAAGUGUGACUCAACGUAUUAAAGUUCGAUGUGUGCAUUCUUACAAUACAUAUUGGGCUGGCAGGACUGCUGAAGCGCUUUCAUUGGAGUGUAUCAUGCAUGACGAGGAGUCAUGUUGCUAUGCGUUGUGCUCUUUGGGGUGAAAAUGUUGAUGCAUUUUUGAGCCAGCGUGAUUCGCAGAUGAUAGUUCCAAUUGUAUUGGUGCAGUUCUGCAAGGCUUCUAGAUUUAAUGGUCAAAUACGAUGUGGGACUGUUUACAAUGCUUCCAAGGUGUGCUUGAACAAAGAUAUAAGCGUUAUAAAUCAGUUUCGGCAAAGGAUUAUGUCUGAUGAUUCUUUCAGUCUUGGAUUACCAGAUUCACUGAAAUAUGAUAAGCCCAUGGUUAUGGAUGAAUCUUUCAGUUUUGGAUGUAUCAAAUGCAUUGAUACACUAUUCUGUCUUGAGGAUGGAACUUAUUGGAUUUGUGCAAGGGUAGAGUCAGUCAGUUGCUAUGGGGAAUGGUUUUACAUAUGUUGCCAAAAGUGUGGUAAAAAAGUGGAGAAGACAUGCAAUGAGUUUCACUGUAUUGGAUGUUCCAAGUUUGAUGGUUCUGGAAUUAUGAGGUAUAUGCUGAAAUUUGAAGUAUUUGAUGGAACUAGCACUGCGGAGUUAGUUUUGUGGGACAAAGAAUGUGUGCAAAUUCUACAAAAAAAAGCUUCUGAGCUUGAUUGUGCACAGGUUGUAUCACCAAAUAAUGUGCCUAAAGAGAUUGAGGAUUGUGUUGUUGGAAAGAUAUUUCUCUUUAAGGUUGCUCUUAGGAAUGAAGAUGAUUUUCUUCAUCUAAAGCCUUAUAAUGUGAAGAAAGUUAUUACUGAUGUUGCUCUGAUUGAGAAAUAUUCUGUCAAUGUGGUUGCAAAUCUUGAAGCAAGUAAAACUGCAGCAACUUAUGAAGAUAUGUAUCUUAAUGAGUGCAGCACCCUCUCUCAAAUUGUUGACUUUCCUGACUUGGGAAGUGAUGUUGAUUCUCUUAAGGUGUUUGGCGAUAAGUUUUUAUCUCCUUCUAGCAGUGGUGUGAAGAAUUGUUUGGUGGUAAAUUUGGAUGAUGUUUCAAUGAAUGAUGGCAUGAAGGAAAAUGUGGUUAUGGAUUUGGAUGUGCCUUCUACAAACUGUGUCAUGAAGGAUGAUCUGGUUAUCAACUUGGAUGUGUUCCAUGAUGUCUGUCCAUCCGUUGAGAGAAAGAAAAGUGGGAAGCUGAAAAGAGAAGAAAUUGAGACCACUCCUGGGGUUAAGCGCAAGUUGGUUGGUGAUUUUGAAGGAAGUGUGAAAGAUUCCAAGAACAAGUUGGUUGCUGUGAAGCUAGAGCCCACUGAUUGAUGCUGGUGUUGGUGAAGGCCAAGUAUGUAGUAUUGUAGGUUUAUGUAUGUUGGUUGUGUCUUAGAUUGCUCAUCUUUUGGUUCUGUUUUGAUCUUGACUUCCAUUGGGAAAUGGAAGUCAAGAAAGAUGAGUUGCAAGGAAGUAUGUAGUAUUGUAGGUUUAUGUAUGUUGGUUGUGUCAUGGAUUACUCAUCUUUAGAUUAUGUUUUGUUAUUGACUUCUGUUGGGAAAUAGAAGUCAAGCAAGAUGAGUAAGUUCGCUUUUAGGCUCAUGACUUAUUAUGUAAC